AUGGCGAAGUAUGUUGAUAGGUUACGAACUUGGACGAAUCCAACAAUUGUUGUUAGUCAACACAGGCCAAAAUUACAGGAUGGUUUACUAGACAAAGGUAGAGACAGAGGUAGCUAUGGUUAAUUUCAGUUAAAGAAAGAAAAUCAUCGAUGCUGACACUCCUGACAGAGUAUUUGCUAAUCUUCUAUGUAGCUUUUUAUAUAUCGGUCCCUUAAAACAAACGAGGAUGAGAGUGCGGCAUGAGAGUUGGCAGUCACGCGAAUUCGGUUAGCUGUUCUGAAUGCUUUCCCAGCACUAUCAUGUAUUCUAUUGAAGUUAAAACAGAGUUGGAAGACUCAUCAAGCAUUUAUUUUGUUAAUCUAGAGCUUAAAAUGUCCCCAGUAACAAUGCGUGACUGGCAACUCUCAUGGCAUCGUUUGACAAGCGUUACGUGUUCAACUUUGGAAAUAUUGACAGUUAGAAUAGAUAUUAAGCAAGUAUAAUUAAUUGAACUGUCAAUUCUAUUUAUUUGCCUCCAAAUACUGCAAUAUAAUGAAACGAAUUGACAUUAUUUUCUUUGAUUUGGAUUCUUGCACUUCACUUGGUGGAAUUAAUAUUAGAAUGUUAGGGUUUGUAAUCCAAGUGAGAAUAUAUACAUCGCUGAAUGCACCGGAAUCGCAGGGCCGUAGGUUCAAUUCCUACCAGAGGACCUUGUGCUGCAUUUUUCGCAGUCGUUCCUGGUUAGGUCUUAAAAUGUAUAUAUUCUCACUUGGAUUACAAACCCUAACAUUCCAUUAUUUUCUUUCCAUGAUAUACUGUAUAACUGCUGGUUAACCACAUGGAACUCCAGGGAGAACAGUUAAGAACGGUUGAUUAAUACUAGGGCUCCUGCAGUAACAGUGGACAAGUAAGGAGCGGUCAUCACUUAUAAGCCUAAGCAGUUCAGUUACCCUACCAAGCGGGUCAUGCAUGUUUUAUUCGCCCUUUCGAUACAAUAAAACACGAAGUAAAAGACCACAGCAUUGGAAUGCAGCAAGCAAAGGCCCAAGACAUACAAUUAUACAACUUGCCAUACAUCUGGCUUGGCGAUCACGCGUAGGGUUACCCUUCCUAGCAACAUAGCCCUAGUGGUAGGGUAACCCUAUGUUUUUUACCCUCUUGGUAGGGUAGUGGAAGGGUUACCCUACCUCCAUGUCAACAGGCACUAAGUCAUAUACCUGUCACGUUUUACCGAGGAAGAGUUACUAUUUUUAGACUUUUGUAAUUUUCAGGUAUUCUUUUGUAUUUUUAACUUAACUCUAUUCCUAAAUCUAACCCUUACUCUAAUCCUAAUCUUAAUCCUUUCCCUAAUCCUAAGCCUACUGAACCCUAAAAAGUAGUCUAAAAAUAGUAAGUGCAGGUUCCUAAAUCGUGAUUCAUAUGUGUGACCCUGCCUGACGCGUUUACAUGUCUUUUGUAAACAAAAGCAUAGCCAUAGAGAGGAAAGGAAAAAUUGUCGAAGGGAAAUUCACACCAUGACCUCAGAAUGCAAUUAUAAGUGCAUCCAGUCUUAGUAAUAGUGCGAUAGUUAUGUAUAAAUGUAUUAGACUACAGAAUGAUGUAACAAAUGUUGUGUGGCAAAUGCAUUUUUAUGGCAUCUGGGACAUCUGAUUUUUCAGUAGAAUUUUCUGCGGAGGAGCAUGGAUACCCCCUGAUAUAGUGCCCCCAAGUAGUGCCCUUUGUGGCUGAUAUCAGUAUUUACGUUAGGAUCAGGCCCUUGAUGCAUAUUUUCUAAAUUAGUUUUAGGUUAUAUUUUAAGAUUCUCAGUGCAAUGAAAUAAAUUUUUUCUGUCACAAAGUAUGGCAUGACAUCCAGUUUGACAACUUGUUAGUGUCACACAGUUACAGUGCCCGAGUGUCCAUUUAAAUACUUUAAUGUUUGCAGAAAAUUUUCAAUGUUCUCUUGCCGGAGUCGCACCAAAAAGCAAACUAUGUUUAGUUCCACCCCUGCAAGCUGCAUGGGUAAACAUUUUGAAAGUCCACACGACUCCAAAACCUUCACAUUUUUGCAUGCAAAAUUAGAUGGAAUCAUCUAUAUAGACUUAAAUGAUUUCAUCUAUUUUGAACAGUGAGCUUUAUGACUUUGGCGUGACGGCCAUCUUUGAGUUUUACCAGCUUGUGAUGUCAUAGAUUUGUUUCAUAUCUCAAGAACGAGAAAGAUAAAGAAAAGUUGUGCAAUGAAUUAUUUUACAGUCUACCGAGUUCUUCUGUGUAAAAAGACAAUUACGAUUAACAUUUCUAUAGCGCAAAUUUACAUGUGGAUAUAUGAUCAAAUACGCUUCACAUGAUCAAGCCUAAUUACAGUUACUUAGCCUCUGGGCUUUUUUAUCUGUAUAACACUUGUGAUAUUACUUUCUUCAUUUAACUGUGUUUAUCCUAACCCACCCUGUCAACUUUCCCUGUGGGAGGAAACCGGAGCACCAGGAGAAGACCUGCUCGACUUUCCGUAGAGCGCAGGGAUGAAUAUAACGGUCGGCCACCGGCCAUUAGCCGAGCAAGAUGCUGAUAUGGCCGUCUACUGAUUACUCUGCACGGACAUUGUUGCCAACCGUUUUGUCUCAUCAAUUUCCAUAUUUUUUUCUUUCUUAAAAUUCAUUCUUGCAAAUCUUUUUAAAUUAAACAAAAUCUGUAAUCUUUAAUUAACACAUGCAAACAAAGAUUCCGUCUGCUAGACAAUCAUAGAAUCUGACUUCGUCCCGAUCCAUACAAUAACAAUGUCAUCUCGUGUGUUAAGAGAAAUAUUUCAUAUUAUAUAUACUGUUACUGCGUAAGUUAUCGUUGAUAUUGUGUAAUUUUGUUAAUCAUUAUGCAUGUGGUUUUGGACUUUUGGUACGUAGUUGUUACGGUUUUGGUUUCUAGUACUAUGACAACUGACAACGUCUCUCUUGAGAAUAAUGAAGUGUCGGAUCAUGUCCAACAAAAACAUGGGUUGUUGGUCUGACACAAUGUCAGACCAAGUUUUCAGAAGGCCUACUCUGGGACCUUAACUCGCCACGAGAUAAGGCGAGCCUAUGCGAGUUAAGGCGAGUUAAGGAAAAGAUCUGGCUACUGACCCUUGCGAGUUAAGGCGAGUUAGGGCGAGUUAAGGUGCCAGAGUAGGCCUUUGAGAAUUAUAUUGAACUCUGGCAGAGCGUUGACUGACUCUUUUAACAUGAGUCCGUGCUGCGCACUGGCCGGUGAAAGGCGAUUGCUCUGAUGACUACACCACUGAAACAUCAUUGAGUAAAUGUAUGUCACUGAUCAAGCGAUAAUGACGCAGUUUAAUUUUCUCGCUCCCAUCUUUAUCAACUUUUAUUGCAAAAAUACUGAUCUCUAUAUUUCCCAAGGUACAACUGGAGUGAACAUGGAAAGGUUAAAAAGUUCCCUGGCUUUGUUGGAAAGUGCUUUGAAAGAGCGAAGCAAACAGAUCGAAAUUCAAGCGAGGGAGAACAAUUUUUUACGCAAAGAACUACGGAGAAAAGAUAGCAUUAUAAACGAAUAUGACAGAAUGUUAAAACUAUACAAGUUCAAGGAGAACCAAGAACUCGGAAAGUUACGCAAAGAGAUCGGGAAGCUUCGUCAUACGAUUAUGGAUAAUAAUAUGCUCAUCCGGGAACACGAGAAUCGAAUUGACCAAUUACAAAACAAGAAUGAGAAAUUGAUGUCAGUGAUGAAACCGCAGACCAGUGUGAUACCACGUGUGCGGGCUCAGGGUGUGUCAGCCCCACCCAUGACCUUCAGUGUGGAUAGCUUACGGCGCUGGCCAAAAAAUACAAG